CUGCUAUAGUGACACUUUCCCCAAACCGGAGCUUUGCACUCUCGGAGACGGGACGUACACUGUCCAAGUGGGAAGCGGCGAGCGCGCUCGAGCGGCGAAAGACUGUUCUGCUCUCGAACCGAUCGCGGGUUCAGCCUCGCUCCUCCAGGACGACCAGCCAGAAGAGCACCGAGGACGUUCAGCGGGGGUGUUGGGUAAAUAAAUAUCCGCGCGCGCGCGCACCGACGUCGCGAUCCAAAAAAACCUCUCCACGGCGCGCAAGAGCAAGGAGAACCGGGAUUGUCUACCCUUCUCGGGACGUCUGCUCUCUUCCUUUUUCUUUUAACCGUUUCCAAGAGCACGCCGGGACCGAAGAAAGCGUCCGUUGACCGAAAUGAAAUGUGGUCAGUAUUCACACCCCGCGUGUCAUCCAAGAGGCAGAGUCGAUCUUGAGUGAAUCCAAGAGCGGCGUCGAGGUUCGACUGGAGCGAUCGACUGAGGGGCCAAAUCGUGUUGUCACUGUGGUUGUUUGCCUUGUUUCAAAUCGCAACGGCUUCAUUCAGACAACGGUUUGAUUUUCACCACACACACACACACACACACACACACACACACGCACACACACACGCUGACUACUUCUGCCGGACCGACUUUUCCAAGAGGUCACUGAAGAACAACGUGUUUAUGGAUCGCUGCGCAGCGAGGUGCACCGGGAGUUGUAGGCUACGCUCUUCUGCACCGAUCAUGCUGAUGCCUCCCUGUGACUGUAAACUUUGAUAGAUGUCCACACCAAGAACUCAGUGAGAUAGAAAAAGCGAUUUGAUAAAAAAAAAAAUUCAAAAAUAAACUCAGACUGACCUCUGGAGGAAGUGGGAAGCGCAUUUCGCCCUUCUUCUUCUUUUUCCUUCUCCCUCCCAAGACGUCAGGACGGAUCUCUUAUCACCCAGACCGACUGUCCUUCUGUGAUUUAAACAAAGACCAAAGUGUUUGGGGAUAGCAUGGCAAUGGUAGUAAACCAGUGGCCAGAGAACAUUUCCGCAGAUCCGGGGUCUCAGCUCCAGAUCUGCGGCCAGGAGCCCGGCGGGGCGCCGGGGACUCCCAACGGUUCCACCCCGGGGAACGACGCACUUUCCGGGGACAAGAUCCCCAACGUGGACUGCAUGGUGUGCGGGGACAAGUCCAGCGGGAAGCAUUACGGCCAGUUCACCUGCGAGGGAUGCAAAAGCUUCUUCAAGCGUUCGGUGAGGCGGAACCUCACGUACACCUGCCGGGGGAACCGAGACUGUCCCAUCGACCAGCACCACCGGAACCAGUGCCAGUACUGCCGGCUGAAGAAGUGCCUCAAAGUCGGCAUGAGGAGAGAAGCUGUACAACGGGGGCGCACAUCGAACUCCCAGAGCAGCCCAGGACAGUACCUGACCAACGGCACCGACCCGUACAACGGCCAGCCCUACCUGUCCGGUUUCAUUUCCCUGCUGCUGCGCGCCGAGCCCUACCCGACGUCGCGCUACGGGGCCCAGUGCAUGCAGGGAAACAACCUGAUGGGGAUCGAGAACAUCUGCGAGCUGGCGGCCAGGCUGCUGUUCAGUGCCGUGGAGUGGGCCAAGAACAUCCCCUUCUUCCCCGACCUGCAGCUCAUGGAUCAGGUGGCGCUGCUGCGCAUGUCAUGGAGCGAGCUCUUCGUCCUCAACGCCGCCCAGUGCUCCAUGCCGCUUCACGUGGCCCCUCUGCUGGCCGCGGCCGGCCUGCAUGCCUCGCCCAUGUCGGCAGAGCGCGUGGUGGCCUUCAUGGACCACAUCCGUGUCUUCCAGGAGCAGGUGGAGAAGCUGAAGGCCCUGCAGGUCGACACGGCUGAAUAUUCUUGCCUCAAGUCCAUUGUGCUCUUCACAUCCGACGCUAUGGGGCUGUCAGACGUCGCCCAUGUGGAGAGCAUCCAGGAGAAGUCUCAGUGUGCCCUGGAGGAGUAUGUAAGGAACCAGUACCCCAGCCAGCCAAACCGCUUUGGACGCCUCCUCCUACGCCUGCCCUCCCUGCGCAUCGUCUCCUCGCCGGUCAUCGAGCAGCUGUUUUUCGUGCGCCUGGUUGGCAAGACCCCCAUCGAGACACUGCUCCGCGACAUGCUGCUCUCGGGCUCCAGCUACAACUGGCCCUACAUGCCCACCGUGCAGCGGGAGCGGCCCAUCUCCCUCCACUAUAAUGAGAACGGGCCGUGAGUCGGAGAGACAGACCGAGGAGAAGCUGCAGGGGAAAAUCCAGGCUGAACAUCCAUCCGACACUCAUCCAUCCGUCUUUACUUCUCUUCAUUCUCUGCGUUCAACUUCUCGGCUUACCCAGAGGGAAGCAACCCUCCUCGCCAUUCCCCUCGAAAGCCUGUGCUGACGGUACAAUCUGUCACUGUCCCCGGUUACACAAGCCAGCCAAUCAUUCACCCUGGCCAUUGCAGAAACUCGGUGGCCCGCUGCAGUCCCUCACCCGACGGUGAAAGCUACAUUUGAGACGUGGCAUGAGAUGGACAGGUUGGUCGAACGGGGUUAUUGCACAGUUCACCAGCAGGUCUCAAAGCCCCGCGCAAAACAGAGGCAGCAAAAGACAAAACAUUUGCUCUACUGUCGGUGCUAUGCCUACAUUUACAGAUGUACAAGCAUCCCAGCGUGGGAAAUACCGAGCAAGGGCUUUGCCAAUGGAACUCUUCAACCAAGAGCACAGGGCUCCGCUGUACAUUUACCAACUUUUGAAAAGAAAAAUAGAAGCCAUUAAAAAAGAAGACGAACGCCAAAAUGUCGUGGACUUUUGCAGAGGACAUGAUUCAUUGUGUGUUUGUAUUAGCACUGUUUGUAUGGAGAGAAAACUGAUGAUUGUGUCCAUAUGUACAGUAUACCGUUGAUUCAUAGGCAUCUAUAGCAUAUUAGGCUUCAAUGGGAAAAGCUCAGGUUCAAAGGGUGGGUAGUCAGACAGGCAUGUUGAUAUCAAGGACAAAAAUAUGAACCCAGCAAAAAUUUACACUUAUCAGCAGCCUGUGCCAAAGCUGAAAAAAAAGCAUAUUGUUUGGAUUCUUUUUUGCGGUAGUGUGAAAAUUGAUGAAAAUUGAAUGUUUGGUUUGUCUAUAAUUUGACUAUAUCCUUGUUUUGGGGUCUCAGGGGGAGAGGAGUUUGUAAAAAAAAUUAAAUAAAAAUAGAUACAAAUAAAAGCUGAGGCACUUGCAUUGAAAUCAGAACCUAAACUUACUCAAUUCUGUCAAAAUCACAGCACUGGUAGAUUCGUACCACUCUCGUGUCAUUUGAUCAAUAUAUCUCUUUACUUGUUCAAGAAGAACGUUAUAAUUCCUACUCCCUACACCAUGUUAUCGCAGGAGUGAUGCAAACUCAUCUUCAAUCUUGUUUUUUUUAGUCAGUAUUGUCAAUAUCAGACCUUUAGGAAUUGGGGAGGGGGUAUUUUUACAAAAAUUAGCUGUACUUGCCUUAGAACAAACAUUUUGUCACUGAGCAUUUACUGUAUCUUAUGACUGUGCCAUAAUCUCUCGUUACCUGUUAUAACAGGUAUUAUGUCCUGUCAGCAGAGGAAAUGAACUCAAAUGAUGUAAAAAUGGAUAACGUGCACAUGCUGUCGCCGGAAUGUGAUGCAAAAGAAAUACUGCGAUAUUGAAAGCGUCGACUAAAGAUGUCAAGAAAAGCUUGUGAGAACAGACGUUUCUUAUUAAAACAUCAUCAGCACUUUUCAUUUUUAUUUGGACCUCAUGCAAGUUCUUUUCCGCUACCUGAUGAUAUCGUCAUGUAGGGAAAACCUCCUCGAACUCAUGUCAUUUGAGCUUAUCGUACCGAUACUGUAGAGAUAUGUAUCACUAACCUCUGAAAACCUCAUUCUAUGUUACAAUAUUAUCCCAGUUGGACUUAUGACUGUGACCUAGCUUAGGACAUUUUGAAGUUGUUUUUUUGUUUUGUUUUUUCUCUUCCCGCCGAUGGAAGCAAAUUUGUUUUGAGGACCUGUAUCACAUUUCCAACAUGGCACUGUGCUAUCAAUGUCAAGUCACCUGGGACCUUAGAAGGCUGUCUGCUGAUAAAUGAAUCCACAUAAAGUUUCUAUGAGUUUGUUUUUACCCCCUCUACUUUUGUUUGAAAAUAUGAAAUAAAGUUCUGUUGUUCACAGUAA